AUGCCAAGGAAGAAAACACCAAAGAAGAAGAAAGCGAAGACCACUCCUUUAGAAAGAAAGAAUGAUGAUGAUGAAGUACCAUCAUCGAAAAUCAUCAGCGAAGAGGAGUCAAUUCCUUCAGCAACAUCAUCAACGACAAACCAACCAACCACAUCAACCUCUAAAUCCGAUGAUCAACAACUUUCUGAUGACUCCGAUAAUGACAUCAAUUCAUCCUCCUCCAACAACAACAUCAUCAACAGGCAACAACAAGAGCGUUCAUCUGAUUCUACCACAUUAACGCCCACCAUGGAUAGUAUAACAAACAAUAUCAAGCCUCAUCAAGCAACAACAAACGACCAAGAGGAAAUACUCGAUUUCCCCGUUAAAAAACUAAAUGGCAGAAAAUCCAACAACAACGUUCCAUUCGAAACGGAAGAAGGUCGCGACGAGAAAACUAAUAAGCUUGCACCAGAACAAAAUUCAUCAGAACCCGCCAACUCUGACCCCAUGAUGGACUUGAGUGGCGAUGAUACACAACCAUCAAGGAAAUCAUCAAAAAAGACUUCCAACACACCGAAAAAGUCUAUUACCAGAUCCAGUACUCCAGUUGCAAGCAACAACAAGAGAAAACGACAAUCAUCGGCCCAGUCAUCAUCCGAUGAGGAAGCCGAUGAUGACAAUAGAAUCACGAACCGUGAGUUGAGUGAUGAUGGUGAUGAUGAUGAAGACCCAGAAACAACAGCCAAUGCAGAAGCAGUGCCCAAAACUCCAACACGUUCUCAGCAACGCAGUCGAAAAGGUGGUAAUAACACGCCUUCUGUGGCUAGCACUCCCCAGACACCUUCAUCUUCUACAUUGUCGAGGCCUCGAAAACUCGAUGUUUCGAAAAAGUUGCUAGUGCUCCGACCAGAAGAUCUGAUUUCAUUGAAUAAGUUACGUACAAAAAUUUCACAAGCCGUGAAAGAAAGCAAAUCGAUGCCUGUCAACAAAUCAAGCCCUAAGAAACAAGAUUCUGACAUUUCCCGAUUAUCAGUUACGGUCAACUCAUUAUCUGAGGCAGAUUUACAAUUACUUGCCGAUGAGAAACAACGUACCGGUACUGUGACACUGAUCGACAGCACACAUACUAGCCGGAAAUAUCGAGAUUUUAACGAGCUCGAGGAACUAGAGGAUAAGGGAGCAGAUUUGACAAAUGUUCCUGUCCCAAAUUUCACAGUUGCUAAAGAUACAACCGCUAGAAAGGGAUUUCGAAGAACUCAUCACUAUAUGAAAUAUACCAACACUGAGAAUUACGACCAUGAAACAUUAAUGUUAAAUCCAACACCAAAUUUACACGCAGAGUUUGACACCUAUUGCCAUCGUAAAAUUGAUAUUUCUCUUGAGUACAACAUGGAGAGUGACGACGAAAAGUGGCUUAAUGAAUAUAACACAGGGCGUAGGAAUCCACUAUCAAAAAAGGAUUUUGAAUGCAUAAUUGCACUUAUGAAUAGAGCUUGUAAGAAUGGAAAAAUAUCAUGGUUUUCUACGGCUUCCAUUAUUGAUUUAAGCCGAUUUUUUAAUGUAAAAUUACAAGAGCAUGAUAUAGUAGCUGUGAAAAAGUUGUGGGAAUCUCGUUACAACAAUGUUGAUAGAAAGAAAAAAGAACACGAGACGAGAAUCGAGAACGAGAUUAGACUUGUAAAUUUAUAUGAUCUCAAAGAGAAAUUUCUCAAGUUAAAAGCUGCUAUUAAGUCUGAGCAAGAUUAUGCAUCAAAACAAAAAGAUUUGGUGGAGAAACAAAUGAAACAGAUGAAUAAGAAUGAUUUUGACGUGUCAUCUUCAAUACCAAAAUUUGCACAGAAAUUUAACACAUUACGGAAAAAAGAUCAACAUGACCUUAAAUUAGAGGCCAUUCAACAACUUAAAGAACAAGAAGAAGAAAUUUAUAAGGAAGUGAAAUAUUUGGAUGAACCAGAAAUUGAAAUGUACAAUAGAGAAAAUGAGGAAGACCUUUCUCCAUCGUUGAUAGCUUCUCAAAAACCCAACAACAAGCCCCAACCAUCCACCACCAAUGGCCCUCUCCAACACGAACCAGAGAGCACCACUAAUUCUUCUGAAAACAAUCUUCAAGGGACAACAGGCGACCAACAAUCUACAAGCGUCACCACACGACGAAGAACGAGAAAACGAAAGGACACCUCCACACCUGGCAGCAAUUCUGAAGAAACGAACACACCAGAGUCACCACAGUCACCGUCAUUGGUACCGGUUAAACCUUAUACCUUUUCACGCCUUAGUUCAAGAAAAAAAGAAGCAGACAGGAUCUUCAAGUUCAGACAAUUCUCCCUCUUCCCCUUCAUCCUCCAAACACCAAUAAUUGAAUCAUUAAUUUAUAAUACUUUCUGCUAG